UCAGCCAGCGCUGUCCCCGCUGCGCGCCCUUGCGCCUCUGCCUGAGAAGCCAGGCGCUGUUUCUCCGCCCCAGAAGAUGGCACAGGUAGCCAAGGACCUCAACCCAGGAGUUCAGAAGAUGUCCCUGGGCCAGCAGCAGUCAGCAAGAGGUGUGCCUUGUUUGAGAUGCAAGGGGACGUGUUCAGGCUUCGAGCCACAUCCAUGGAGGAAAAUAUGCAAGUCAUGCAAAUGCAGCCAAGAGGACCACUGCCUGAGCUCCGACCUGGAAGACGAUCGGAAAAUUGGCCGCCUGCUGAUGGACUCGAAGUAUUCCACCCUCACGGCCCGGGUGAAAGGUGGGGAUGGCAUCCGGAUUUACAAGAGGAAUCGGAUGAUCAUGACCAAUCCCAUUGCCACUGGGAAGGAUCCCACUUUUGACACCAUCACCUAUGAGUGGGCUCCCCCAGGAGUCACCCAGAAACUGGGGCUGCAGUACAUGGAUCUCAUCCCGAAGGAGAAGCAGCCAGUGACAGGCACCGAGGGCGCCCAUUACCGCCGCCGCCAGCUCAUGCGCCAGCUCCCCAUCUACGACCAGGACCCCUCGCGCUGCCGCGGACUUUUGGAGAAUGAGUUGAAACUGAUGGAGGAAUUUGUCAAGCAAUAUAAGAGUGAGGCCCUCGGCGUGGGAGAAGUGGCCCUCCCUGGGCAGGGCGGCCUGCCCAAGGAGGAGGGGAAGCAGCAGGAAAAGCCAGAGGGCGCAGAGACCGCUGCCCCCACCACCAACGGCAGCAUCGCAGACCCAUCCAAAGAAUACGUCUGCGAGCUCUGCAAGGGAGUGGCCUCCUCCGACAGCCCAGUGGUCUACUCGGACAGGGCAGGCUACAGCAAGCAGUGGCAUCCCGCCUGCUUUGUGUGCGUCAAGUGCUCCGAGCCGCUGGUGGACCUCAUCUACUUCUGGAAGGACAAUGCGCCCUGGUGUGGCCGCCAUUACUGCGAGAGCCUGCGGCCCCGGUGCUCCGGCUGCGAUGAGAUCAUAUUCUCGGCGGACUACCAGCGCGUGGAAGACCUGGCCUGGCACCGAAAGCACUUUGUCUGCGAGGGCUGCGAGCAGCAGCUGAGCGGCCGGGCGUACAUCAUCACCAAGGGUCAGCUCCUGUGCCCAACUUGCAGCAAGUCCAAACGCUCCUGAAGGGCUGCCGUCCACGGCCGGAAUCCACAGGAUCCCACCAAGAAGGAAAGCCAGGUGUGCCGAGACCAUCCUAAGGCUCUGACAUGACAGCCAGCAAGCAACAAAAACAGUGAUUUUUUUUUCAGUGGGAAUAUAUAUAUACAUAUAUUCUAGGUUGGGUGGUGGUGGAUCCUUGAGGGUCAAUAGUUUCAAAGCCAGAAAUGUUCUGAGAAGUCUUAGGAUGGAGUUAUUUUGUUUUUUUUGUUGUCGUUGUUUCCCAGCUACCAACUAAAGACACAAUUGGCAUCCUGCAAGGGAUCUCUGAGAGGAGUUUCCCAGAAUGCAAUUGUGAGUGAUCAAAUCACGUAGCUGUAGAAUGUGCGUGCUUUUUUUGUGAACAUGGGAGCUCCUCCGGGAGCAGGCUGGGAUCCCAACGAUCGUUUGUUGCCUCUUUUCAAGUGGAAUUUGAAUUUUAAAUAAAAAACUUUUUUGGCAUGAUAAACGUAUCAAUAAAAGUUUUAUGAAGUCCACAGACA